UUUUAAAGCGCUAUCUAUUCUUGUAAAGGCUGGGUCCGGGUGGGCGGCCUCGGGCUGUAGAGCAGGAGAGGGGAGAGUCUCGGUGUUGGGUGGGAAGGAGCCGGGUUUGGGGAGAGGGUUUGUAAAUAAACCGGUUAGCCGGGGGCCCGGGCUGGCGGUCCAAUCAGGUGCGAGGAUGUUGGCAGGUGGGUGGAGUGUCGUGUCUGUUUUUGUUUUAAUGUUUUUGUUGAAAAGUUGAAGAAGGCAAAGAGAGAGAAAGACCGACACGGGGACCGAGAGACAAUUCCCUCCGGUGUGUGCUGGCUGGGGGAGGGGGGGUGGGGGGGAAGGUGGCUCCGGGAGAAGCGGCGGCGGCAGGAUGAAUGGAGUCACCAAGAGCAGGUUCGAGAUGUUCUCGAACAACGAUGAAGCUGUGAUAAACAAGAAACUCCCAAAGGAACUGCUUCUCCGAAUAUUCUCAUUUCUGGAUGUGGUCACCUUGUGUCGCUGUGCUCAGGUUUCCAGGUACUGGAAUGUCCUGGCUCUGGAUGGUAGUAACUGGCAGAGAAUCGAUCUGUUUGACUUCCAAAGAGAUAUAGAGGGCCGAGUGGUAGAGAAUAUUUCCAAAAGAUGUGGUGGGUUUUUACGGAAGCUUAGUCUGCGAGGAUGUCUUGGAGUGGGUGACAACUCUUUAAGGACAUUUGCUCAGAAUUGCAGGAAUAUUGAACAGUUAAACCUGAAUGGAUGCACAAAAAUCACAGAUGCAACCUGUACUAGUCUAAGUAAAUUCUGCUCCAAGCUAAGAAGUCUCGACCUAGCUUCAUGCACAUCUAUAACAAACCUUUCUUUGAAAGCUCUGAGUGAGGGAUGUCCACUUCUAGAACAGCUGAAUAUAUCCUGGUGUGACCAGGUGACGAAGGAUGGGAUACAGGCACUAGUGAGAGGCUGCGGUGGAUUGAAGGCUCUGUUUCUUAAAGGAUGUACACAGCUAGAAGAUGAAGCUCUGAAAUACAUUGGUGCUCACUGUCCUGAGUUGGUCACGCUGAACCUCCAGACUUGCUCACAAAUCACAGAUGAGGGACUGAUUACAAUUUGCAGAGGAUGUCAUAAACUCCAAUCACUGUGUGUCUCUGGUUGCAGUAACAUCACUGAUGCUAUUUUGAAUGCACUGGGACAGAAUUGCAUUCGACUUAGGAUAUUAGAAAUUGCUAGAUGUUCACAGUUAACAGAUGUGGGCUUUACAACAUUAGCUCGGAAUUGCCAUGAACUUGAGAAGAUGGAUUUGGAAGAGUGUGUUCAGAUUACAGACAAUACUUUAAUUCAGCUUUCCAUCUACUGCCCACGGCUUCAAGUAUUGAGUUUAUCGCACUGUGAAUUGAUCACUGACGACGGAAUUCGCCAUCUCGGGAAUGGGGCCUGUGCUCACGAUCGAUUAGAAGUGAUUGAAUUAGAUAACUGCCCGCUGAUCACUGAUGCAUCACUCGAACAUCUAAAGAACUGUCAUAGUCUGGAGAGAAUAGAGCUAUAUGACUGUCAACAAAUAACCCGUGCUGGGAUCAAGAGACUUCGGACGCACCUACCAAACAUCAAAGUCCAUGCUUACUUCGCCCCAGUGACCCCUCCUGCAUCAGUGAGUGGUGGUCGCCAGCGUUUCUGCAAGUGCUGCAUCGUUCUAUGACACCGACUUUACUUUUUACAAAUCUAUUUAAAUAGCAUUAGAAUGGAGACGAUUGAAUGCAUCAUCAGUGGUGAUCCUGGUGGACUGUGGUACUGUACAGAAAGGGCUGUCCAAUCACUGUGGCUACGACUGAUCACAUGAUUACCAGGGCAGUGUGGGUGAUUCCCAUAUUAGUGAGUGCAGCCAUAUACUAGUUCUGUCACUGUAUGAUUCUAUUCAGAGAUUUCCCAAGAAUAUGGAUAAUUUAUUUUUUUUUAAAUCAAUGUCUGAUUAAAAAAGAAAUUGGUUUUCAUGUAUUGCGAUGGGGAAAAAUCUUUUAACCUGUUUCUGAAUGAUUGGCAGCACAAGAAUGCUGUGUGGCAUAACCAAGUUUUAAACUGUGUGCUAACCCUUUUGCUCACUCAUGUCACUCUACAUUGUAAAUGGAGAGAAUUGCACAAUGGAAUCCUUGGCUCUGAAAUUCUGUACUGAGUUUACUGCCGGUCCUGCUAUUACGUCUGAGGAAGGAAGGUUAUCGGAUGCCACUUACAGAAGUGCAACUCUUAAACAUUUCUUUAGUUGUGCACAGUUCUUUCUGUUCCUCCGCCCUGCACAAGAUAGCUCCUUUUAGUAUUCUGAACUUUAUAUUAAAAAAAGUUUAUUUCCUUGACUCUCCCCACCUGACCAUGUUGAAAACUUGCUUGGUGCAUGGCACUUUUAUGUACCACAAGUAAGCAGUUAUCAUAAAAAAAAUGAGAACCUUGACCAGUCAGUUUGGUGGGCUGUUUGAAUAUACUUGUGCUAGUAGCAGAUGGAUUCAGUUCAGGCACAAGUCUGUUUUCAAUUUGAAAUGUGGCCUGGGCCUUUAGGUAGAAAUGCAAAUCAGGAACCUGAGUUGAAAUUGUUUCAGUGACCAUGGCCAGUGAAAACGAUUGUACUUUAUUCAUCCCCUGACUGAAACCAGCAAAUUCAACGCAGAAUAGAAGUUAAAAACGUAUAUGACUCAGCUGCUAGCUAAAUGGUUCUCUUUAUUUCUGAGUAGUUUAAAAAAAUUUGAAAUGUGGAACAAAUAUAACAUUUAUCUGGUAAAUUUUAUUUGUUUUGUACUGUAUUACUCCACAUUGACACUCCCAAGCUUAUGGUUGCUGUCUCAUAGAACAGUACAGCACAGUACAUGCCCUUCGGCCCUUGAUGUGUCACACCAACACGUGUAAGUUGUUUUUCCAUAUUCAUGGGAUUCAAAACUUGCAUUAAAACAUAUCUCAUGAUGUUGGGGCUGCAAUUAAAUAAUCUGCAACUUCUUAAUAUCUUCUUUGGACAGAGUAAUUUAAAAGUUUUUCAUUUUCAUUUGAGGGAAGUGAAGGUAUGCAUCAUAUUUUGCAUUUUUAGUGAGCAUAUUGGAGCAUAUUUGAAAUAAGAUCAGUUACACAUUCCUGAGCCAUUGGUUGGGAUCAUAAUCCAAAUUCCAGGAUAUAUGUAUCUACUGAAAUGAUUUUUUUUUAUUUACACUUUCUACAGGUGCACCCUCUGCAAUUCAUUUUUAAAAGGUAGUUUUGAAGGGACUGGGAUUGAUUUCCAUCUCCACAUUUCAUGGCCUUUUCUGUUCCCUGAAGAAGCUUGCUGAUGAAGUUGUAUUAAGAGAAACGAGAAAUAUGAAAAUAGCUCCAUCUUUAUUGUUUCAAAGCCCAGCCCUUAGAAUGUCCCACAUCCUUGAGUAAGUUAUAUCACCUGUAAUUGAUAAUACUUUCAGGCUGCCUUUACAACGGAGGAAGUAGGACGUACACAUGGCUAGGUUAUGGAGAAAUAAAGACUGGAGCUGUUGCUGUAUUGUGGCUCGUCUCAGCACUGUUUUAAGUUUGUACAGUGGUGAACAGAAGACCAUGGAACGUGAUAAAAACAAAUUGCUGGAGAAGCUUAGCAGGUCUAUGGAGACAAGUCAGAGUUAACAUUUUGAGCCCAGUGACUUUUUUUUCAGAGCAUUAGCUGGACAACCAGUCCAGUCCUGUAAAAAAAAAAGGCCUUUACAAAUCAAUUGUACAGGGAACACCUAUUAACAGUGUAAAUAACAAUCAUUGCAGGAGGUAUAUAUAUCCUGGCAUUUGUACUAUUAUGACCCUAACUGAUGGUAGUACUGAACAAUUUGAAUCCUAAGAUUUAUUUAUUACUUUUUGUUUGCUAUGGUAAUCAGUCAUUAAACACAUUAACAAGAUGCUGCCAGUGUAUGUUCAACAAAAGAACAGAACAGUUUAUUACUCAAAAGAGAACCCUAUGACAUGAGAAACAACUACAGUAACAAUCUCAUUGAAAAGAAACAUUCAUCCCAUUUAUCCAAGCAAUACAUUUAACAGAUUCUUGAAUAUCAGCAACGGUUCACCUGCAUAAAGAUUCUUGCUCAGCUGGUGUGGCAUAGUCACUUUCCUUUCAAAUAUUCUGUGCAUUGGUAGAAGUGCUUUUCCCAAACCUCCUGUCUUCAGUAGCAUUUAGGAUGACUUCCUACUGACUGCGCCCCCCCCCCCAGAGCUUUCUUCUCAGUGUCUUCUCCUGAGCCCUGACUGACUGAUUUGUUAAUAACAGCAUCUCUGCUGUUAGGGCACACUUCCCCCUCAUUCAAUCUGCUUCUCAUCUGUUCUCCAUCAUCUCAAUUGUCCCCUCACCACCUCUAUUAUACUCUUUCCCCAGGUGACUUGCUAGUCAUUCAGCCGAAAUCAUGACGACUGCAAACGGCUGACGUGAACUCAGUGUUCAAAGUACAUUUUGACCUUUUCAAAAAAAGAUCAGAUUAGAUCUUCACAGAAUUGAAAACUAAAAUUAGUGUUUCUUCAGUUUAGACCCCAGUUUCUCAGUAUAUUAUGACCCCCUACAACAGUAUGUAAGUUAAAAACAAUGGUAAGAUGGUAGUUAAGAAUUUGUGCAUUAAGUUUAUUUAUUUCCCUCUGUUAUUUAUAUUUUCGAACACCAUGCAUUUUACCAAAUAACUAAUCGUUUUUUUUCUUCUGGGUCACACCUAUUUUUAACAUAGAUAUAUUUUUGGGGGCUCCCGAUUGGUGGCUGUAACAUUUGGUGCGAAGUCAGUUUUUACACGUUUACACUUGGUUUUUCCACCAGAGUUACAACCGCAUUCAAGAGUGAGCCAAAUUCUUAAUAGAGCACAUUUUGCUGAGUUUGUACUUUGUGGCUUGCUUCUCUGUACAACCUUGGUGGUUUUGACUUGGUUUGAAUUCACUUGAAGUUUCACUGCGCAACUGUAUUUCUUUUGAGACUGUUGAAACUGUCAGUUUUUGCAUUUUUUUUUGUUCUAAAUAUUCCCUAAUGGGAAUGUCUUUGUACUGAGAGUCCUUCUUAAGCAACAGCUGCUUGUAUUUACAGCUGACUUGCAUGCCAUAUUCCUAAUAUGCCCCGAGGAUAUAUUUGAAAUAUUAGUGCAGGGUGUCCUGCAUUAACUUGGGUAUCAGUGCUGCGCCAUCCAGUUAAUUCACUACCCCCCACUAGAAGGGUAACCUCAAGAGGUUUUUGUUGAUGACCUGUAGCUAAUUAAGAGAAAUGUGGCUGCAUCUCCUUCCAGUGUAAGACCCAAGUACUUCUGAUUUGUUGCUUGUUGGAAUCAGGAUAUGUGGACACAAAGCAAGGUUUAAUUCUCAGACAUACACAUUUAUGCUUGGCCUUUCAGUUCAGUAUUUUUAGUUUAAAACCUGAUCUUGUGAUCAGUGUCCCUGUGGUUGUCUGUCUACAUCAGCGCAUUGAUAUUUCAUGCUAUUGAAUGCUCUAUGUAAAUUAUUCUUGCUGACUAGUCAUCUUGCUGGCACCCCUACCUGCUGCCAAUGGCAUCUAAAGCUGUUGACAAGGCUGCCAAUGUCUUCUGCUUUGGUAACAUCUGGAACAAAUAAUUGGCAAAUUGAUAUCAUUUGAUUGGUCAACAGCCUUUGUCAUAAACUUAAGAUCAGUUUUGUUAGAUGCUUCCUACUUUUUUUUGACAUAAUAUUCAGCAUUGCAUGUACGGUUUUACUGUUCACUGCUCUUCUGGAUGCCCUCCCACCUAAACAGAUCCCCCAGAGGUUAAAGUAGAGGGAUGGUAUGGUAAAACUGGUUCAAGAGACUGACGUGACUUACUUUUAUAAAGUGUGCUUCUAAGACUCUUGCAGAAUCUCAAUCUAGUCCAUUUUAACUUCCAUUAAAAAUAAAGUUGGUCUUCAAAACAUGCCCAAGCAGGAACAGGGAAGGGUAUUUGAUUUGUUUUUUUUGGAUGGAUACAUUUGAGCUAAUUGGUGGCUUUUCCCUCCGUUUACUGAAAUAGCAACAUAAUGGUAAAACUGCUUGGGGAUGAUUGGAGGGCCAGCUAUUCCAUUUGCAAUUUUGGCUUGUGCCAGGUGGGUGCAUGUGGCAUUUGCUGACUCCUAGUUGGCUCAUCAUUAAAAGUAUUGUGGCCCAAGAAUUCAAGAGCACUGGCUAGUACUCAAGCAGGUUAUUGCUUAGUUGGGACUUUGGGGAAGAUAGAGAACUUCCACAGAAGCACUCUGAGUCAAAUUUUUGAGCAAUAGGCCAAGACCUCUAUGUAGAUCUAACCAGCAGCAGUCGCUUUGAAAGAUAGGUGCUGCAAAGAUUGACCUUGGCCAUCACCUGCAGUAAAAGGCCCACCUCAUGAAUAUUUAGUCUCAUUGAGCUUGGCUAGAAAUUGUAAACUUAUCAUGAAAUAUUGCUGACGAAUACAGGCAUGGAUAUUGCUGAGUAUCAGGCAGUGGGUGGGGUCGCUAAUGUAACACAAUAUGGAUGAAUUCAAAAAUGAAAUAAAUAGCAACAAAAUCUUUGAACGCCAGGAAUUUGAAACAGUGCUGUCACUGCGAGUGGGACUGAGUUCUCACUCCUCGUUAGUUCCACUUGAUCAGCAUUGUGUUGAUGUGGAACCUGUGGUGCUAUUCUGAGCAUGUGCAAGAUUUUCAAAAGCAUGUGAAUGGAAGAUAUGUCGCAUCAGUACAGUCCACCAGCCCCAUGGUGUGCAAUUUUGAAUAUAAAUGAAUGAUGUACCUUCAUUGGGGUUUAUUUAGUGAUAAUUCAUCUAUUUUAAUAGAACAAUGUCAGAGUCUCCUGUGGCCUGGUGAGAGUAUGAUAUAUUUAGAAUUUUAAACUUGAAGGUACUGGAAGCUCUUUUAUUAGAUAUAGCUGACUAGAGUGAGUUAACAAAGAAAGUUGAAGAAUAAUGUGGAAGUGUUGACUAAUAAAAACCCAAGCACUCAGACCACUUCAUUUCACCUAAUUGAUUUUUUUUUAAAAAAAUCAUUCCAGAAAGAAGAUUUGAGGUGAAGUAACACAGCAGUCAAAUGGAGGAUGUAGUAUUAUUAAAUGGCUUUUCUACACCUCUUAAGUCAAAUAAGUGGAUGAUCUCAUCAGAUGAAACUGCUUUGCAAAAUUGCUGUGAACACUGAGAUGCAUUUCAUGUAAAACAUGAGAUUAUAGCUUCAAAACAAAAAUCAGUCCAGUUCAGUGUUAAUUUCACAAUUCUCUGAAGAUUGUUAUUGGAGCACAAAAUAUGGAAUUUUUGCUGAGUGUUUGCCUAAUCUCGUAAAGGCGUGAUAUUAAAUUAAAUAUUCAGCAAAUUGAUCUUGAUUUGCCUGAGCUGUUGCAUUCUGGAGAGUAAAUAUUUUCUUAAGCUCUGAAUUUGCACAAAGCCGAGCCAUGGAUGCUGAGUUCACUUGGUAAUCCUGGUCAUUAACUAAGUUGACCUUAUGUUUUAUGCUUCAGUUGUCCAGCCAAAGUUGAAUUUAGUAAAGGGAUGGAUCAGUGGCCCUUGGCUUUUGCUGUUAUAGCUGCAAAGUUUUACUGUGCCACUUGGUGCUUCCUUUUUAAACUGAGCAAUAGAACGACCAGAUAUAUUGGAAAUUGAGACUAAUUUGACAAUGGAGCAUUGUGUAAACAUUUAAGGUUGGACUUUUCCUACUGGAAAGGUGCCAGUAAGUGCUGUAGGGAGAUGACCUUCCUUGCAGUGUGACCUUACAGAAAAGUGAAUAAUUUUAUUUACAUUUUUAAAGUGACAGUACCCAAUUUCUAUGCUAGCUUGACACCAGAGCUGUGGUGGUGGUGUUUGAAAUCCAGCGUGAUCACUGUGGCCAUGCACAUGCAACUCAUUAGGAUAUUUUUCGAUCUUAAAUGGAAAAUGUUGUAAUGUUCUGCAUUCUUCAAGCUUUAGUAUACUUGUUGAGGGAAAUGAAGUGAACAAAGUGAUGACAAUCCCCAAAAUAGUCAAUGUUUUAAAAUUGGAUUCAAAUGGAAAAAAUGCCAUCAAGUGUUGAUUGGAACCAUCAGCUAAAGCUUUGAACUUCCUCCCGUGAAACAGCACUUCAGCCUGUAAUUGGAAAGUAUGAUUCCCACCUACGUUCUGAUGCUUGAAGCUUCCAAGUUCCAUUAGUUUCUCUGGAAUAAAGUCCAGAUUGUUCCCCCAAUCCUUCCAUUCUCUCCGUGGGGUAAGAAAACUUAGCAGCAUAAAUGAAACUAUUAAGUCCAGUGUCAACCGGAUGUUCAACUGGAGCUCCAUUUUGGAAUCCAUGCUAUGGGCCAGGUGAGUGAAGAGUCCAAUAAGGGAAUUUGAAUGCCUUGCAAUAACUGAACUUUAGGAUAAGUGUUAAAAGAAUAGACUAAGGCUCAUCAUAACAACCUGUAGAGAGUUGUGUGUUUAAACAGUCGCUUGUUCAAAGAAGCUGCAACCCAAAUGUGAGUCAUCUUCAAGUGAGGAAAGGAAGAGGACAGAACUGAAGUCAAACGUAAGACAAUAAUAUGUAAACCUUUUGUGUUCACGUAAGCAUGCUAGGGUUCACUGCUGAUACAAGCUUAACUUCAGAGAUAAAUAGAGGACCUUGCUGCAAUGAGAACAUUUAAUGUGAUGUAGAGAGUGGGUGAAAGGGUUAGCAUGAUCAGGAGAAAAAGCUUUUUAAAGCUACAACAUAAUCUAAGGAGUUGAAAUGUUGUUUUACCAUUGUCUGAUGAAACAAUGCAGUUCAUUUAUGCAAGGUAAAGGCUACUUGAAGAAAAAUCAUUUUAAGUAUGUCCAUAUUUUGUAAAAAGAAAAAAAAACAUUUAAAAAUUCAUUAGCGUGAUGUGCGGCCUUAAUCAUCAAGGUUAUUCUCUUUAUAAAUUAUGUGAGAAAUUGAAGACUUUUUAGUUAUUGAGGAUGUGACAUUUGACUGACAGACUAGUCAAUGUGCCACUGCCUGUGGAAGGGAUGAUACACUUUAAUAACAGGGAGUGGUUGGAGUGCAAAUAUGUAGAACUAUUUUUGUGGGGUUUUUUACAUUAUUUUUUUUCCAUCUUGAAAUGAGAAUUAAAUGAGUUUCAAAACAAACCUGGUCUAGAGCCAGUUUACAGUGAGGCCUGUAUGGUUGCCUGGCAUAAUGUCAGGAAUUGUUCCCUGUUCCUAAACUAAUGUAUGAUAAAUUUUCUUCCUUCUGUGUGGUUCCUAUGUACAUCACGUCUGGUGGGGCUGUCCAUUGAGUGGAUGUAUAAAUACCUGUGAUUCAAAAGUUUGAGUUUUUCUUUCUCUCUGACCAUUCCCCUUUGCAAUUUUCUGAAAAUCUGAGUUGAAUCAUUUUUGUCAGUUUUUUAAUGUCUUAACACUUUUUUUUUUCUUCAAAUUUUAACCACUGAGUGAGAGUAAGCGCUGUCAGCUAUGUCUCAUUUCUCAAUACUGAGGUGGGUUAGGCAUUGCAUUGCUGUUGAGUGACCAUACAGGCCUUACUAUUGAGAAAUAACCUGAUGAUUUGUGUUUCAGCUUUGAAAGAACAUGUUACAUUUAAAUGUUACGUUUGGUAAAUAGGUUGAAAUCUUGUUCAAUCCCUUAUAUAUAAACCUGUGUUGUACAUAUUGUAUUCCAAUUAUAUUGUAAUCUGUGCUAAUAUUCUCAAACACUGAGUGUUCAUAAUAU